AUGGCACUACAGUCACAAUACAUCCAGGUGGUAUCUUCUUCAAUCAAGGAGUAUUCAUUCUGGAUAUAUUUAGUGAAUUGGGUGUUGGCGCUUAUCCUAGCACUUUCGUUUGUGUUUUACUUCCACCGACUAUUAGGGGUAGUCAUAUCCUUCAUACUUAAACUAAUACUAUGGAAAUCAUCCAAGACACGAGUGAAUAUCGAAUCAGUUAAGAUUUCACCGUUAGGAGGUCGUAUCUUUUUGAAAAACCUAACCAUUACCACAUCGGAUAUGACGGUAUCCAUCCUACAUUUAACUUGUACGUGGCGAUACUGGUACUUACGAUCCACUAGGCUAUCCAGUUAUCUAUUCAAGUCACAAUACCCACAGGAUAUAGCUGGUGAUUUGGCCCUCAAGAACCAAAAACUACAUACUAGGUUGUCAUGUUUGAUUGAAGGGUUGGAGAUAUUUAUGUUCAAUAGAACAUUUGCUUAUGACAACAUUAUGGAAAUAUUACAAAAUAAAAGCAAUAACAAGAGGAAUAGUGGGAAACCAGAUGAAACUACAGAUCUGACUUCAAGUACGUUGUCUGAGGAUUUUAAAGGCAAUUUGCGAUAUAGAAUCAACGCAAACGUGGAUAACAAUAGUCAUAGCAGCAGUAGCAACAACAACAACAACAACAACAAUGUUUCUCCCAAUGGUAACGACCUUUCAGUGUCAGAAACCGUGCAAAGCAAUAAAACAUAUUCUGAGACUGGUUCUCACAUAUUAUCAAUAUUUUUGCAGUUAUUUCCCAUCAAGAUCAAGGUUAAAAAGGGAGCUCUAGUAAUGGGGAAUGUAACUACACCAUCAAUAUUAGUUGGAUCGUGCAAAUUCGCUGAUGGAGUAGUUGAUAUUUCAAAAUCACCAAACCCUGCAGAUUUUUACAGAUAUGUACAUGAUUUCACCUUGGACAAUUUCCAGCUCUCGAUGAAACCAAAUAUUGCUUACGAUAAGUACAGAUAUGGUGUAGACAUUUCAGAAAAAGCCCCCGAAUAUCAAGGUGAUCUUGCCAAGAUGAAACGGUAUAAAAUGUGGUAUAAAUUUCAAAGAGCCGGCAGUACAGUGAAAGCAAAAUUGAACAAUCUUUUUGGAAUCAAUCAACGUAAACCAACUGAUGAAAGAAAGCAAUCUUUUGAUUGGCAGGGAUUAAAGAGAUAUACCGGAGACGACGAUGAGCAAGAAGUUAUGGGGAUAUUAAAUCCCGAUGAACAGUAUGCAAAAUAUAGUUUAAUAUUGGAUUCAUUGACUACCAGGAUCGUAUAUUACUAUGAUAUUCCAGGAGUACAACUAUUAAAAACUACACGACUACCACCUGAGCAUGGAGUUGAAAUUGAAAUUUCUAUGGGAACAAUUCACUAUGGUCCAUGGACAGAUAGACAACGUGUACCUUUGCAAAAUAUGUUUUUCCCACCCGUUUCUAGAGACUCGGCUCCAACAGUUGGAUUUUUAGCUCCAGGGUCUAAACGUCAAUAUUCAGGAUUUCAACUUACUUUGGUGGUCAAGGAUGAAGUUGUUAUCAGGAUCCCUACUCGUGAACCCAGCAAGGAUAAAGAAAUCAUUAAAACAACUGGUCUUGCUCCUACCCAAGAAUCAUCAUCGCGACCAUUUGGAUGGUUAGAAAUUAAAAUGAGAGAAGGUUCAAAUGUACUGUCGUUCACAUCAUAUGUAGCUAAUGAAGAAGAAGGCUGGCCCAACUGCUUGAAAGCUGUUUUCACUGAACCAGAAGUUAGAUCAUCUGUGAAUCAUGAUGUUUUGUUUAUUGCUGAUUCCCAUGAAAUCAAUGCUAACAUAGGACUUCCUUUGGCUUGGAAUGGAAAGUGUAAAUGGGAAUUUGAACAGACCAGUUGGAAUGGAAGAUUAUUCUUUUUAAGAGAACAUACACUUUUAUUUUCCGACUUAUUCACUGAUUUUGCGUCGGGAGAUCCACAACCAUAUGAAUUCUUUCGUCCCUUUCUUUAUAAUAUCAAAUGGAAGAUCAUGAAUUAUAAACUUUAUCUCAAUGUCAAUGACUACAAUAUUAUCAAUAAUGCUUUGGACUUCAACAAUAACAAAUAUCUAUCUUUUCAAGGUCCUGAAAUCACAUGUGAUAUUGCGAUUCCUUUAAAUGGAAUAUUUUCCAAAUCAACCACAAUUUCAUUUGAAAUAGACACACCCCAUUUUGAUCUUAUCCUUGAUACACCGUCAUGGCACACAGCCAACAAUUUCAUGCAAGAAUCAAACGUGGUUGGAAGAAGUAACCAUUUUAGAGUAGAUGGAUGCUACGAAUUUUUCAGCUCGAUUGAAAUUAACACUUCAAAUUAUAUUGAAAUCAGGUGUAUAGGAGAUGAAGUGAGUUUGAAAUUCUAUGGGUAUGUGAUACGGUAUUUGUUUGCUGUCAGGGAGAAUUAUUUUGGUGAUUUUAUCCAUUUCAAGACAUUUGAGGAGUAUACUUCAGCAACUAUGAAUGAUGAAGAGGAUUCUGUAGCAGAAACAGUUACCAAGAAGGGGCAAACCGAGGAUAAUUAUUGGAAGAUGAUUAAAACAGAAAAUGAUGUUGAUGUUAUAGUGACAUUUCAAGUAAAAAGUGGUCUUAUUUUGUUGCCUUACUUUUUAUACAGUUGUCAAUCCCAUAUUGGGCUCAGUUUUGACACGUUAGAUGUUGAUAUGAGAUUUUGUAAUUAUUACAUGGAUAUGCAAGCCGAUUUCAGUCCAAUUUCUGCAGUAUUUAUUGAGAACUACAACCGAGGAAAGGAUGAUCCUUUGCUUAGCGUGAGUGAAUAUUUGACAAUGUACUUUGCUUCAAACAUAGAUAUGACAGUUGAUGGAUUUAGCAUUCAUACUCAAAGAAUGUUUGGUAUUCCACCAGAUGAAUUGACAUUUUAUUGUAAAUGGGACUUUUGUUGUGGUGAUUGGAUAGUUGACAGUAACCCAUUCUUUAUGAGGGCUGUACUUACAGGUAUACUGAACUUUUUGGUUGGAUUUAAGGAUUAUGAGAAUGCAUUGGAACCAACCAUGCCUACGGUCUAUGAUACUGCCAAUUUUUCCUUUAGAUGUUCUAAAUUUGCAUUCAAGUUGACUCCAGACGAAUCAAAAGCUUUCAUUGAAAUCGAAUUGAAUGAUUUUUUACUAAAUUUUAAUGAUAUUGGAAAUAGAAGAUACACUAAUAAGCUAGUUGUACGAAUAGCUGAAAUUUUGGCACGUAUUGUGGAACAAGAUGGACAAGAAGAUCAAGUUCUAGCAAGUCUUACAACUUCACUCGUUUUUAGUAAUAUUUGUCAAAAGGUUGAUAUGUUGGAAAGAAGAAUGUUACAACAGUUGCAUGCACGGAAUAAUGAUGCCCCAUUUCACAGAUCUCCCUUUGUACUUUUGGAAGAAUACAAAGAUGAGUUUUAUAGGAAGCAAAAAGGAUGUUUCCUUACUCCACUAUCGUUACCACAAGCAUCAAUACCACUUAAUGAAUCAACUAUGCAAGAAUCCAAACAUUCUAAUCUCGAUAUUGAACCACAUUCAGAUAGUGAUUUUGAGAAUGCUUCCGAAGAGUCAGAACGGUUGUUUGCAGGAAAAAUGGCACCAACGAAUGAUUACCAAGAUGAAGAUUAUACCCCUUCUUAUUUCGCGGACCCAGAUACUGAAUAUGACAAUUAUAUAGUCGAAUUAGGUGACGUGGAGGUUUUUAUUUCUCCAAAAUCGAUUGCAGUAGCUGGAAAUGUUGCUAAAGAUAUGACCGAUUUUUCAUUGAAUAAAGUCAUGGAUGAACUUGAUGUAGCUACUGUAAAAAUGUUGAAUAGUCUUAUUAAGUCAGUUAAAUCGGUUAAAAAUUUCAGAGUUGUUAAUCAUGAUGUUAGGUUGAGAUUUGGGGAUUUUGAAAUGAACGAGGAGGAAUCUACUGCCAAACCCAUUGUCAAAGUUCAAGUUGUUGGUUUAUCAAUGGCGGUUUCCAAUAGAACCGAAAGUUUGGUACAUGAGGGAAAGAAGUCCAUUCUUGAAGAAACUACUUUGGCCGUUCAUGUUCAAGAGGUUGCAGCUAUUGUCAGUAAACCUUCACAAGAUCAAGAUGCAUUGUUUUUGGUGAUGGAAGAAAUUGAAGUGUGGCUAGAAAAAAAACAAGAAGGUGACAUUGGAUCGGUUAAUUUUGAAAGAAUAGAGUUGGAUGUUGAUGAUACUCAAGCAAAUUGGUUAAUUGAUUACUCAAAAGAAAUAUCAGACAAGCUUUCAAUGUCAACGAAAGAAUUUAAUAAUAUGGGAUCAAAAGAAGCUGCUUAUGCUAAUCUUGUCCACACCCUUACUCUAGCCUCAAACAAAUUUCAAAUUGAUAAUGAUCCCGAUGUCCUUACUCGUCCUGCCUAUAUUCUUCGAGCUAAGAAGGAGCACAUAAGAUUCUUUGAUUCAUGGAAGAUUAUUGCUAGACUUCGGCACUUGUUACAAACACUUCCGUAUGAUUGGUAUCUAGAGCAAGAUGCUGUUUUUAGGAGUAAGCAACGGGAUCUUCCAAGCAAUGCAUUUGAGCAAGUUGUAGAUAUAUUUUCAAAGUGGAGAAUUUGGGAAGCUAACGAAGAGGAGAGAUUAGACUUUUUCAAGCGUGUUUUCAUUGGGCCCAACCAAGAGAGCGCCCCAACAACCGAUUCACAUUUCCAGAUAGUAAUCGCAGAGUUAUUAGUCAAUCUUAUGUCGUCGAAUGAUCUGGACUUUUUAAGAAUGAAUCAGUUGUCAGCAUCCACUAGUAUAAAAAAGGAUCAACAGGAUAAUAAUUACUUUAAAGAUAUUCAAGCGGUGCUCAAUUUAGUUGAUUAUAAGAGUAAAAUUACCCCACACACAUUGAAUCUCAUCAAACAAUUCAAAAGAUUAAAUGACAAAACCGCAGUUCCUGAUAAAGAAGUUACAAAGGCAACUGAAGCAACAAAACCAGUAAUGAAUAUAAAUUGUGUUGCAAAUGUGGGAUCGUUCCUUCAGGGAGUAUUACUUCCUACUACAACUUUAGAAUUAACCGGAAAUCAACUAUUAUCUAGAUUUGAAUUGACUGGUCUUGGUAAUAUCCUGAAUGCAUUUAACCUUGGAGUAAUAGAGCUUAACAUUUACAGUAGGUUAACACAUAUUUUUAGCAUGCGUUUGAAGGAUUUAGCAUGGGUAAUUGCAAAGUUACAGAAGGAAGCACUAGAUGCUAAGUUUGAUUUGGGUGAGUUAACAACGCAGCUUUUCGAUAAAGAUGGAAAUUUUCCUUCAAUUUUAAAACAAAUUGUUCACGAGGAUAUCAGUUAUGUUCGGGGCUUAAUUGAUUCAUUUGAUAAAGAAGGAGACUCCAAAGCUGUCAAAAACCACCCAGAGAACAAAGACAAAGAAGAGCAUUUUAUGUGCAUGACCAUUGAUGUGAAAUUGAACAAGUUUAUCUAUAAAGUUGAAGCUUUGGACCCUUUUGUUAUCGGAGGUUCCUUGUUAGGAAUUGAGUUUUCAAUCAGUAAGAUAUGCGAGAACUUACUCUUCAACACCAUUUUGACAAAAGCCAACUGUAAUAUAGAUUUAUUUGGAAAUAACAUCGUGGAAUUGAAUGGUUCGGAUUUGAGGAAUUUUAUAGAGCUUGCAACACUCGACGAUAUAAUUUUGGUUAGUAGUACACUUUCAGUUGCAAAUACAAGAGCAUUUGCUCCAAAUUUACUAGUGUCAAUUGAUCUGGCAAUCAAGCAAAUUCCGAUUUUAGAAAACAAAAUUGAAACCAUGAUCAAACUUUUCGAUAAUAUAGAGAAGCCUAGAAAUGUGAAAGUAAAGCCAACUGCUAAGAAGAAGUACUUGUUCAAGGUCAAACUUGCCAAUGAUUAUGUUGGCGUGUCUGCAUUUGUUAACAAUUCAAAGCUUUCAUUUGCAGUAGAAUCCACAACCAUGGGACUAUCUAAUGUGGCAAUGGAUGAAAAUGGAGAAGACGGAAAUUAUAGAGAAGUUCCGUUAUUUGGUGAAUUUGCCGUUCCUACUGCACGAUUUUCGCUUAUAGAUAGACACAUUCCAAUUGGGUUGUCAAACUUGCUUGAUGUGAAUAUCGUGGUUAGGCUUUUGAAUGAUACUGAUAGUCGAAGAGAUCGACAAACAUUGCAAAUUGAAUCCCAGUACUGUCGUUUAUGUUUAUCAGAACCAGUAAUUUUCAAGUUAGUUUCGAUUGUUGAUGAUAUUGUGAAUAUUAUUCCCCAGAAAAUACCAACCAAAGAAGUUUCAGAUGCUACACCACUUAAAGGUAUUACUGAAAUUGUUUAUUCCAAAAUCUCAACAGUACAGUUCCUUUCAUAUAACUUUUGUUUAGGAUGGUUAUUUAGUGGUUCUGGAAAGGAAACAACAAAGGACUAUCCAGGGGUUAUUAUUGGAGCAGAGAGGUUCUUUGCCGCUAUGGAGGCAGAUAUAGGAAAGUUUACAUUAAUGGAUGCUUACUUUUCGGUAGCUCACGGUUCUCGUUCAUCUAAUUAUUACAGUACACAAUCGGAAAAGGAUAAUUUGAAUAGGGCUUUCUUACCAACGAUUCAAUUAAAUUACACAGUGGAAAAACAAGCAGAGACAAAAAGUGCAAGGAUCACCAUGCAUGGUGAUGAGCUUGACGUUAAGUUUUUGUCUAAUUCAGUAGUGAUCCUUGAGAAAUUAGCUGAGCUGGGAGCAAGUGUUCAGGCAUACUUUGGUCAUAGAAAAAAGACUAUCUUGGAACGACUUAGGGAAGCCCGAGAAUUGAAGUCAGAAUCAUCAAUGUCGGCAAUUAAUACGGAUUUUGAAUCAAUUGAAUUUGUAUCUACUUUUGCAGGAUCUACAGUAUUGCUUUACCGUUUAGAAAAUCAAGAUACAACUGAUUCUCCAUCCCUUUUCUUACAAUCACCAGCAGUUAAGAUGGCAUUUAAAUAUUCAAGAAAACUGGCCAGUAGCAAACGUCUGAUCAAGUGUGAAGUAUUCACGUCUUCAUCAGAUAAUAUUUUGUAUCCAAACUGUGUUCCUGUCGUCGUAGAUAUGAUCACAGGUGUCAAGAGUUUUAUAAAGAAGUCAUCUAAAGAUACAAGCUCUGUAAAGACAGUUGAAGAAGGCAAGGGAACUGAAUUUAUGCAAAGUAUGUUGGAAGAUACGGAUAUUCAUCUUAGAUUACGAUUCGAGAAGCAAAUGCUUUCAUUAAGUUGCGAGCCAACAGCCAAGGUUGCUGCUAUUGUUGGUACUGAAGGUAUGUGCAUUCAAUUAAAUACAAAUGAUGGGCCUGUUCCUGGGGGUACACUAAACGUUUUGCUUGACAAUAUUUCUGCAUCAUUGCAACAUAUAUAUUCUCGAGAAAUUAGUGCAUCUGCAGGAAUUAAAGGUGCUAUUCUUUCCAGUGUAUUUGAAUUUGCCGAGGUCGAAAGAAUGUUUUCAUCUGGGGCUCUUACUGAUGUUGAUGGUUAUAUUAAUGUUAAACAAUAUCAAGAUGUUGAAUUAUUCAAGGAUAUUUGGUUCCCUAAAGAAUCAUUAGAGUUAUUUUCCAGCUUUGUUUCCGAAGAUGAUCCAACAGCCGAUACUCACUUGCCCAUCUCCACUUUGGCUGCAAAUAAGAGUAUAAGUUCGAGUUUUAAGCAGGUUUCUACCACUUAUGCAUUCCCAUGGAUUUUAACGUUUUUAGUUUCUAAUGUCAAUCUUAGAGUUGAUUUUGGUCAAACAUUAGGUAAUUUUAAAUUGAAUGUGGAUAAUUUUUGGGCGGUAUCCAAGAAAUCAGCUGAUUGGACACAAGAUCUUAAAACAGGUAUUCAUGCGAUUACAUUAAUGUCUGAAGGAAGAUUAGGAGGUAAUGUCAUGGUUGAGAAUCUUAAUUUACAUACAGCUAUUUGUUGGAAGUUAGACCUGGGAACAACACUUGAUGUUCCAUUAAUUUUAGUUUCAGGUGGAAUCGAAAGAUUGCAUUUGAAGACAUCGUUUGAUUACCAUGUAAUUGCAAUUGCUAAUUUAGAAGAUUUUUCAAUGGAUAUUUAUAACAAGAAGAGUGAAUAUACUCUUGCUAAGGAUCAUUUGUUUGUAACUACAAAGUUCAAGAAUGCUCAAGUAUACAUUACCACAUUGACACCAUCUAAUAUUUUAGAUAUUCAAAAUGCAAUUCGAAGAAUGGUUCAAGAGAAUAAACGGUCAUACAGAGAGACCCUUCGUGAUUCAUCCAAUGGAAAGAAUAUCGGGAAAUCCAAAGUGGCAGAGUCAAUAGUGACCAAGAAGAUCUUGGAGACGGUGAAAAAGUUGGAAACCAAGAUCUUUGUGUCUGCUGGAAAAGUUUUAAUCCACGUGUAUCCAUCGUCAUUUGAAAACUCAAAGGCAUUAGUGGUGCAACUUGACGAGUCAACAGCUAAAUUCCAACAGAAUGAAUAUACUAGUGGUAUUUCUAACGAAUUAGAUAUCAAGUUCAAUGAUUUGAAAGUUUCCUUGGCUAAUAUCGAUCCUGUUCUGGAAGAAUUUGUCAAUAGUUGUACUGUUUUUGAGUUUGUUGAACGUGCAGAUUCUGCUAGUGGAGGUACAAUAUUUGUUUUCCCUUCAUUUAAAGUAUCCAUGAGAACAUUCCAAAAGGAAAACUUGAUUGAGUAUUUGUUCCAAUCUACUUUUGAUGGCACUGUUGAUAUUCGUUGGAACUUGGGGUCGGUUAAUUUCAUUCGUGAAAUGUAUUCAAUUUACAAUCGAGCACUUUCGUCGAGAAUAGAUUAUAGAAAGAAGAUGGAAUCAUUUGAUGAAACAAACAAAUUAGACGAAAGACCAUCGAGAAAGUCACUUAGAGGUGAAGGAGCCAACCAAGAUAUAGACAAUGCAAUUAGAGAAACGAUUGAGAAAGUGGAAACUUCGUCAAAGUACCGUUAUGCUGCAUUGGCGCCACCCAUUAUAGAAGCACCGCAGAUCAAGGAAUUGGGAAACGCAACUCCACCAUUGGAAUGGUUUGGGUUACAUAGGAACAAAUUUCCAAAUGUUACGCAUCAAUUGGGUAUCAUUGCCUUACAAAAACUUGUGCACGAAAUCGAAGUUCAGUAUUCCAAGAUGUUAGGAAAGGCUUGA